CGUCAAGUGAGAAGUCGGUAUCAGCAAUUGCGUCAGUGUUCAGAGAUCUGCAUGUAAGCUUGGUCAUAUACACUACAGGCUGAAUCGAAUGGCCGAAAGCCGCCCAUGAGUUACACGAGUCGUCGGUCAGCUGUCGAUCGCCGUCCAGGACAUGGGAUAAAAAGCCAAGACACGCCGCUCUCUUGAGCUUCAACCCACAGGGAAGAUAGCAUCUCGGCACCGCUCUCGCGAAAAGGGGACAUCAUGUAACCAUUGUUGAAUCUACCCCGCAGUUGAGUGAGAUUGGCGCUGGAAUACAGAUUCCUCCCAAUAGCUCCAGAAUACUAAUCGAACAUGGACUUCGAAACAAGCUCGAAGAAAAGUCUAUCGUGCCAAAGCGGAUGAAUGUAAGAAGAUAUGCGACUGGUGAAGUUGUCGGAGUGACAGAAAUCCAUCCUUUCAUGGAAGAAGCUUAUGGAUUCCCAAUGUGGUAUAUUCAUCGCGCAGAGUUCCAGAGCAUCUUGUAUGAAGCUGCAAAUGAAGCGGGUGUCAAGUUUCUUUUGGGUAGUCCUGUGGAGAAGUUGAAUGAAAUUGAAGCCGCCAUAUAUCUACGAGAUGGCAAAGAACUGAAAGCGGACUUGGUCAUCGGAGCAGAUGGUAUCCGCUCCAAGAUUCGCACGUCCAUCUCCAAAGACAAGACCAUCGAAUUUGAUAAGUCUCCUCACUGUGCGUAUCGCGCAAUGAUACCCGAGACUGUAUUACUUUCGGACCCAGAGACAGCUGGUAUCCUAAAAGUGCAUGAGUCCGAGCUCUGGAUAGGACCAGAGUCUCAUAUCAUGGCAUAUGCAGUCAAAGAUGGAUCCAAUGAUAUCCUUUACAACUUCGCCUUGUGCCACAGAGGAGAUGGGGAGACCGGAAAGUGGAACGAGCCUGGUGACCUGAAAGAGAUGAAGGUGAAGUACUCAAAGUGGGAGCCUGGGCUGCAAUGGCAGUCGAGGACGGAGCCGCGUUGGCGGAAUGUAUCUCCCGAGCAGAUUCGGCUUCUGAUCUACCGAACCUGCUGAAAGCUUUCGAAGCAGUGCGUAAACCAAGAUGUGAGGACAUAUCGGCAAAUUGCUUGACGAAUGCAGAAAUCUUCCAUUUGCCGGAUGGUCCAGCACAGGAGAGGCGAGACCUGGCGAUGAGGAAAGCCAUUGAAGGGGGAGAUAAGAAAGUGGAUGGAGGAGAAGGAGGUGGACAUAAGUAUAACAAUGAUAGCGUCAAAACUGGGCUGUUUGAUUAUGACAUUGUGAAAGAAAUGAACGCUGCUUUGGGCUAAAAAAAUGAGAUUUUGUCUUCACAAGUCCCCCCCCCCCCCAAAAAUUACGAGGAUAACAGUGAAUUCUUCUCCGUGAUGCAAAAUUGAUGGAUUGUUUAAUUAUUUUCACUUCCA